GGCGGCGUUUCCGGCGGGACGCUUAAGGAGGGACUCAGUUCAGUCCGCCGCCGACGGACGCCCCGCGCCGGCCCGGUUCCGCCAUGAAGUUUCGGGCCAAGAUCGUGGACGCGGCCUGUCUGAACCACUUCACGCACCUCCCUUCACAGCCCGGCCCGUGGGUCCCUCCGCCCCCUGUGCGCAGCUCCGCGCUGCCCUCCCCAGCGCCCGGCUGUGUGCGGAAGGAGGGAAUGCGCCCGCUAGGCGCCAGCUGACCUCCUUACUCCAACACUGGCGCGUGACGCCGACCUGGCGGGGCUGCUAGAGGCUGGCGUGACCUCAGCGGAGUUGCAGGCUACCCCGUGGGUACCGGCGUGAACGUCGUUUCCCCCCGGAAGCUCGCGGCUCAAGCUGGGAGCUCUGCGGGCCAAGGUGGCGGCCUCGUAGUAACUCCUGACUGCAGCCGCUUGCUCUAGGAGUCAGCACCAUGAUAGCCAAGCUUGCCAAAACCUGCACUCUGCGCAUCAGCCCCGACAAGCUGAACUUCGUGCUCUCUGACAAGGUGGCCAGCGGCGGGGUGAGCAUGUGGUGUGAGCUGGAACAGGAGAACUUCUUCAGCGAAUUUCAGAUGGAAGGCGUCUCCGCGGAGAACAACGAGAUCUACCUAGAGCUAACGUCGGAAAACCUGUCUCGAGCCUUGAAGACUGGCCAGAAUGCCAGAGCCCUGAAAGUCAAGCUGACCAACAAGCACUUCCCCUGCCUCACGGUCUCCAUCGAGCUGUUAUCUGUGUCGAGCAGUAGUCGCGUGGUGACACACGACAUCCCCGUGAAGGUUAUUCCAAGAAGGCUGUGGAGGGACCUGCAGGAGCCCACCGUCCCGGCCGCAGACGUUAGUAUUUAUUUACCCGUCUUGAAGACCAUGAAGAGCGUUGUGGAAAAGAUGAAAAACAUUAGCAACCACCUGAUUAUGGAAGCAAACCUAAACGGGGAAUUGAACUUGAGAAUAGAAACCGAGCUAGUGUCUGUCACAACCCACUUUAAAGAUCUGGGAAACCCGCCGCCAGCCUCUGGACACGCCUCUCAGGACCACGACCCAGAACGGAUGACUGAAGUGCACGUCGAUGUCCGGAAGCUGCUGCAGUUCCUCGCCGGGCAGCAGGGGAACCCCUCCAAGGCCACGUGCAAUAUUGUGAGCAACAAGAUGGUGCACUUCGACUUGCUCCACGAGGACGUCUCCCUGCAGUAUUUCAUCCCCGCGCUGUCUUAGCCCCAGCUGACCGGGCCUGGGCUCAGGGACCCUGCUCGGGAGCUGGAGAGGCCGCCGGGGGAUGCGCCCCGAGCCGUCUGGCCCGGUCUUCACAGCGGCAGGACCCUGUGGGCUUCACUGAAUUUCCCCUUGUGUAAUAUAUUACCUAGAACUGAGUUAAUGAAGCACAGUUGUAUAAACAUAUUUCUUCAUAUUA